AUGGGUUGUGGACUAUCUUGUGGGAAAUCAGGAGGGGUGGUAACCAAUUCCGCCAACCGUGAACAACAACAACAACAGAAAAACGGAGCUAAGAAGGUUGAGAAGAAAGAUAUUGAUGAAUUUGAAGAACGCACUAUUCAACCAUUACCAGAAAAGAGACCUGAAGAUAAAAUAUUUAAACUCGCUGGACCAACUUUUACUGGAGAAGAAGUCAUACCAUGCUUUGACAAUGGUCUUUUAUAUCGUAUUGUAAAAGAUGAUGUCUGGGCCUUUUACAAUGAUACUCGUACUUAUGAAAUGCAUGUCGGUUUUACAUUUAAUAAAGGUUCUACUGUUCGACCAUUAGGAAAUACAAAAGUAACGAACUUGGAUGGUACAGAAGAAUAUCUUGCAGAAUUGGUUGUAUAUCCUGGUGAAACCGUUAAAUAUGUAAGGGGAUCCUUUACUGGUUUUAAAAGUAAAAUCAAUGCAUUACCAUUAUCAGAGGAAUAUCUUAAAACCAAAGCUGAACAGUACGGCCAACGGAUAGAAGAAGAAUUGGUAAGAGUAAGGGAAAUGUCUGAUGACUGUACAACAGAAGAUGAUAUUCUUGCAAAGUGUGUAAGAUUAAGAAUCCCAUUUGUUGAUACUAAAUUUCCACCUUGUCAAGAUUCCAUUGCAAAAGGUUCUAAUCGACCUAUGAAGGUACUUCCUUGGGCUCGUCAAGAUAUGUACCUUCCAGAUGGUUAUGCUCCUCUUGUGCGUUUAUUCCGUAAUAAAAUCAAUGCAUUAAAUAUUGAUCAAGGAGAUCUUGGGGAUUGCUGGGUUACUUGCGCUAUCGCUACUCUUGCAGAGAAUCCAUUUUUGGUACGAAGAAUGUUUUCUCAUCCUGUCGAUCCUGAAAUUACAGCCAAAGAACGUGCUGUUGGAGCACAUCGUGUUACUUUUAAUAAGAAUGGUUGGUGGCAAAAUGUUAUUGUGGAUAAUUACCUUCCUGUUGUUGGUGGAGUGGCAAAGUAUGCCAGAUCCGCUAAUGAUCCAUGUGAGAUGUGGGUCUCCAUGAUGGAAAAAGCCUACGCUAAACUUCAUGGAAGUUAUGCAAAUAUUAUCGCUGGUGAUCCAUUACUUGCUCUGCAAGAUCUUUCAGGGUAUCCAACUACCCGAUAUGAUGAAUCUUUGGCGAAAGAUAUUGAAGCUGAAGAUACAGAGUUACUUGAGCGUUUAGAACGGUACAAUCGUCAAGGAUUUUUUAUUGUUUUAAGUACUCCUGUUAAAACUGCUGAAGAUGAGGAAAAAGAAAAACUUUACAAGGAGGCUGGUUUGUUAAUGGGGUUUGGAUACAGUGUAACUUCCGUUGUUCACAUUCCAGAGGAUAAAAUUUCCCUUAUGCAGAUUCGCAAUCCAUGGGUAAAAGAUGUUGAAUGGAAGGGGGAUUGGAAUGAUUCAGAUCCAAAAUGGGAAACCUAUCCAAGGGUGGCUGCGGCGUGUGGAUAUCCUGCACAAGUAGAGGGAUGUUUCUGGAUGUCGUGGAAGGAUGUUCAAAAGUAUUUCAACGGAUGUGGAGUUGUAUUUACUCAUCCUCACAGUAAAGACUAUCGCAUUCGUGGAUCCUUUAAUCAAGGCAUUCCUGAUGUAUGUGUUCAGUUUACGGUUAAGAAAAAGACCUAUAUUGCGUGUACACUUUCUCAGGAAGAUCACAGAGGCAAGGAGAAUGCCCCAGAGGAAUAUCCACCAAUUAUGCUCACUCUCAGUAGUGGAAAAGGAUCUACAUCUGAGAUGCAGGUGGAACAGAAUAGUAACCUGGACGCGGAUCAUCCAACUAAUCAGUUUACAUUCAUGCAGAGUCGUGAUGUGGGGAUGUUGUGUACACUCACACCGGAGAACUCCCCAUAUCUUCUUAUCCCUCGCAUGAUGUCUGAUAAGACUGGGGUUCCUUACGUUCUGGGUCUCUUCUGCGAUGAUGGUAUUGGCUCUGAUGUAAAGGUAGAGUUCCAGAGAAUUCCAGAAGAGAGUGCGAUAUUUAACAAUAAGGCAGACUUCUCAGGUAAGGGGAAGUCUACAGUAGCCACCUUUCAGGUGCAUUGCCCUGAAGAGGGAUUUCCAAAGGAGUUUAGCGGUAAAGAGAUCACACAAAGUAUGAGUGGAGCGAAGAAGAGUGAUAAUGACAGCAGUAAAAAGUCAAAGAAGAAUUAA